CAGACAAACAAGAAUUCCUCAUAUCUUCUAAUAGACACCGAGAUUUCACAUGUGUAAUUAUCGGUAGCAAGUCGAGGAUAUACGUGGCUUUGAUAUAGUCCGCACUAAUAUACUGGGACUAAUGUUAAAUGCAGUGAACUGAUUCACCGAGUAUUAUACUGCAUAUAACGCCCGGUAUGUCUCGCAUUAAAGAACUCAAUGCUCAUGAACGCCCACCAGAGGCCAUUCGUCACCGCUAUAAAGAAAUCCAAAAAGCUACGCUAUCGGAUAUAGAUUUGGAUCAUCAAAUUAUUGAUCUCCAAGGUCUAAACCCCGAUAAGCUUCCGAGCGACAUAUCUCUCGCACAAUGGAUGCCAGGUGCGCAUGUGCAGCCAGUGUUCCACCAGCUUGUCCGUGCACACGGAGAAAGUCAAAAGGACGAAGAUACUCUUAUUAAAGAUAUUCCAGUAUAUACACAUCAGUCCGUUUCUGGUUUGCAAAUGAUCCCGUCGUUGAUCCCUCCGGCGGUACAAGUAGAGCUGUUGUCUCGUUUAUUACAUAGGGACUUGUCUAACAAGGAGCAUCGAACAAACCUUCAUCUACACUACAACAUCAUCUACCCAGGCGAAACGGAACAUGCUCCCAUUGAGCGUGGCAUGUCGACGUCCUCGGCGGGUAAUGGCUCAGAAGGCAAUGGCAUCCUGUCAUUCUUCGAAGACGAUCCGGCUCGUGUGGUCUACCCGAAGGAUCCAGAAAUUCACAAGCCAUUGACUGUUCAACAAAUCCUAAAUAAGAAGCUCCGAUGGGCAACCCUGGGCGGCCAAUAUAAUUGGACUACCAAAGAGUAUCCGGCGGAGCGCCCGCCAGCAUUUCCAGAAGAUGUUGCAAGUGUUUUACAUGCGGCAUUUCCACAGACAGAAGCACAGGCAGCCAUUCUGAAUCUCUACUCGCCAGGAGAUACGCUGAGCCCUCAUCGGGAUGUGAGUGAAGAGUGUGAUGUCGGUUUAAUCAGUGUCAGUUUUGGCUGUGAUGGCCUGUUCCUCAUCAGUCAUGAUGAUGGGAAGGGCUGUGAAAUUGUUCGACUUCGCUCUGGAGAUGCUGUGUAUAUGGACGGCACGUCACGUUUUGCAUGGCAUGCUGUACCCAAGAUCGUCCCUGGAACAUGCCCGGAAUGGCUGGCUGAUUGGCCAUUGUGCGCUGUUGACGAUACAGACACUUCAAAAUACGACAAGUGGAAGGGUUGGAUGUCAGGCAAAAGAGUCAAUCUGAACGUUCGACAAAUGGCGGUCACAAAUACACACACUUGAACUAUUAUCACGAAUUGAUGCAGACACAAGGAAAAGAUGAAGCAUGGUCUCAUAUUAGCACAAAGAUGCCCAAAACGGAAUUAGAGUUAACACAGAAGUUUCUACUGUAGAUAUUCAGGAGGUUAUUUACUCGAUACGCACAUAUGAAUCGAUCCACUUUUGUAUCAAGC